AUUUCCUGCAACUAGAAGUUAGAAGAAAAAUAAAUGGCGUCUGCAUCGAUGAUCAAGUCUUCUCCAGUGCUGGACAAAUCCGAAUGGGUGAAGGGUCAGUCCCUUCGCCAACCGUCGGCCUCGGUGGUUCGAUGCCACCCCAUAACCCCAUCCGCGCUCACCAUCCGUGCGGGUUCAUACGCCGACGAGCUUGUCAAGACCGCCAAAACGAUUGCAUCUCCAGGGCGUGGGAUCUUGGCUAUGGACGAGUCGAACGCAACCUGUGGCAAGCGAUUGGCGUCGAUUGGGCUGGAAAACACCGAGACCAACCGCCAGGCCUACAGAACACUACUGGUGUCGGCUCCAGGGCUGGGUAACUACAUCUCUGGAGCCAUUCUCUUUGAGGAGACGCUGUACCAGUCCACAGUCGAUGGCAAGAAGAUGGUCGACGUGCUUGUUGAGCAGAACAUUGUCCCCGGUAUUAAGGUCGACAAGGGUCUAGUCCCCUUGGCCGGUUCCAACGACGAGUCGUGGUGUCAAGGUCUUGAUGGCCUCGCCUCCCGCUCUGCUGCUUACUACGAGCAGGGAGCUCGUUUCGCAAAAUGGCGUACUGUUGUAAGCAUUCCCAACGGCCCAACUGCACUAGCAGUGAAGGAAGCAGCAUGGGGUCUUGCUCGCUAUGCUGCCAUUUCUCAAGACAAUGGGUUGGUCCCGAUUGUGGAACCGGAGAUAUUACUGGAUGGUGAGCAUGGGAUCGACAGGACCUUCGAGGUCGCCCAGAAAGUUUGGGCGGAAGUCUUCUUCUACCUUGCAGAGAACAACGUCAUGUUUGAAGGAAUCCUCCUCAAGCCCAGCAUGGUCACUCCUGGGGCUGAGUGCAAGGAAAGGGCCACACCCGAGCAGGUCGCCGAUUACACCCUCAAGCUCCUCAGCCGAAGAAUUCCCCCAUCUGUCCCAGGAAUCAUGUUUUUGUCUGGUGGGCAAUCCGAAGUUGAAGCAACCCAGAACCUGAACGCCAUGAACCAAGCUCCAAACCCAUGGCAUGUGUCUUUCUCGUACGCCAGAGCCCUCCAGAACACUUGCCUCAAGACAUGGGGAGGAAGGCCAGAGAACGUGAAGGCAGCCCAAGAGGCUCUCCUCCUCCGAGCCAAGGCCAACUCUAUUGCUCAGCUUGGCAAAUACACCGGUGAGGGGGAGUCUGAAGAGUCCAAGAAAGGAAUGUUUGUCAAGGGCUACGUUUACUAAAGCUGUUACAGCCUUACAGGCUAGUAGCAUAUCUAUAGAUGUAGACGAUGAAACCAUUCAAGAA